UUGUGUUGGGAAGAGAAAAUCUGUUGAUCCGCUCUUGUUUUCCAUUCACUCUUUUUACGCUUUCUUUGUAUGAUUUUUUGUGAUCAGUGAAAAAUAUUGUAUUGUUCUUGUGAGUAGUGAAAUGUCUUCGUUAUCCCAAUAUGAGAAAGACAAGGAGAAUAUCCACCCAAAUAUCAAUUAUCGAGUGGAAACUACUGAUCUGAGAUAUUUCACAGCCACAACUCCACCUGUUUUUACUACGAAUAGAGCAUCAAGGGCACCUUUGCAAACUAUUUCAUACAACACUAUUCGAAACAACGUAAAUAGAACACUUGUCAGAAAUGUACGAUAAUAAGAAAUGCUGAGGGGAAGUGGGAGAAAGCAAUAAGAAUGAAUGAUAUUGUAUGCUAUUCAGUGCAUACUUUGUUGUUGUUGAAUAGAUUUGGUUCUUGUAGAAAUACGCUGAAAUAUUUCUGUGAAAUACAGAUUUUCUUUUAUUGUAGUACAAAACAUUAGUCAAAUAAUUCUGCCACGCCUACACAGAGGUUCUACUUGACAGUUAGUUGGAAAGCUAUUGAGGGCUUUGUAUGACGCAACCCUUCACAGCGUUCACUCAAAGACUGUUGUCAGUUUGUUAAUAGCAGUCCUACUAUGCUGGUUAGUAACCAAAUAGAGAAAGUCUUCCUUACACACAAAGAAAUCACUGUUGCAUAUCAAAAUUUUCUCAGUAUAUACUGAUAAAGGACUCUUUCCGACAGACAACUAUCCACUUACUUCGCUACUGUAUAUCAUUUUAUC